CGUUAUCUCUAAACAUAGAUAAGAAGUAAUUACAAGUGGUUAGAGCGUGUUAAAGUCGCUUUCAAGUUCUCUAUUUUUACGCGAUAGUGGCAUUGAGUUAUUUUAGGUUAUGUUUUGAGUGCUUACGAAAAUUAUAAUGAAUUUAAGACAACUAAUUCUGCCAAUCAGUGUAACCGCGUUAUUGGCGGCAACAGCAGUAACUGUAUUCAGAUUUUACAAAGAAGAGAAACCAUUCUACAUCAGACUAAAAAAAAGAAAAAAGGUGCCAUAUAAGCUACGGAACGCUCGAAUAACUGCAGACACACUUGUUGCUCAUGUUACUCAAGGCAAACUUAAUUUUGUGUUCAGUUUAAGCUUUCUGAACGACGAAAUUAUUCAUAUACAAAUAAAUGAUCCCAUUUAUCCACGGUACGUUGUGCAGGAUGUAGUCAAACUACCAUCAACAUUAAAAAUGGAAGACCUCACUAUGAGACACGAACGUAACUAUUUACACGUCAGUUACCACAAUUUCAACAUUAAAAUAAAUUGUGACGACUUAGAGAUCUAUGUCUAUAAAAACAAUGAUUUAUUUUUGUCCAUAAACGCCGAGAAGUUCUUUGUGAUGGAAGAACAAGAACCCUACGUUGGCAUAGCGGCGGAUUUUCUUUUUCUAAAUGCUUUCAAAACAUACGGAUUACCUCAGCAUGCCGAACGCUUGUCUUUACAAGCGAAUGGUAAUAAACUUUAUCGUUUGUACAACACGGAUAGAUUUGCAUAUUCUGCAACCCAUCCGCACGAAUCUUUGUAUGGCGCGGUACCACUUAUUUACGCAUAUGGAACAAAUCAGACAACUGGACUUUUGUGGCUGAAUUCAUCUGAAACUAUCAUAGACAUCUGUAGCAAAGACAAAGGUUUAAGAUCAACAUUUUUUAGUGAAAGUGGAGCUGUAGAUUUUUAUAUACUGAAUGGACCAAAGCUACAAGAUGUUGUGCGCCAGAAUUCACAACUGACAGGCGCUGUUCCUUUACCACCUUUAUUUGCUUUGGGUUACCACCAGUGUCGCUACAGUUAUAUGACCCAAGAGGAAGUCAUAGACGUAUCAAACAAGUUUGAUGAGCACAAAUUUCCACUUGAGUCACUGUGGAUGGACAUCGAUUAUACAGACGAUAAAAAAUACUUUACGUGGAAUCCCACCACUUACCCUGACCCAGAACGGUUGUUAAAAUUCUUAGAAAACAAAAAACGAAAAGCCGUUGUUAUAAUAGACCCCCACAUAAAAGUAGACGAUGAUUAUUUUGUAUACACGCAGUGUAAGAAAGGUGAUUUUUUUGUAAAAAAUCCCAAUGGAACGAUGUUUACCGCAAAGUGUUGGCCCGGUACUAGUAGUUGGAUCGAUUUUUUAAAUCCAAAAGCGAGACAGUUUUACAGCGAUUUACACAGAGAUUUCGUCAAGUCUAAGAUUCUCCACAUUUGGAACGACAUGAAUGAGCCCGCCUUAUUCGAGAUCAAGGAAAACACGAUACCCAAAAAUGUGCUUCAUUAUGGCAACUGGAAACACAGAGAUGUUCACAAUUUGUAUGGUUUUUACCAAACGAUGGCCACGUAUCAAGGUCUAUUAAAUCGAUUUAAUAUCAGACCGUUUGUUCUAACAAGGGCACAUUUUGCGGGGUCUCAAAGAUUUGCAGCAGUUUGGACUGGUGACAAUACUGCCAGUUGGGAUCAUUUGAAAAUUAGUGUGCCCAUGUGUCUGACCGCAAGUUUAGCAGGUUUUAGUUUAUGCGGUGCUGAUAUUGGCGGUUUUGUCAAGCAUCCCGACGACGAAUUAUUGCAAAGAUGGUAUCAGUUAGGUGCUUGGCUACCUUUUUUCCGAGGCCAUUCAAAUCGAAACGUGCCUCGCCGAGAACCAUAUUUAUAUGACAAAUCUAUACAGCAAAGAAUACGUUUUUCACUUCAGCAGAGAUACAAACAUUUACUCCACUGGUACACUUUAUUUUGGGAACAUCAUACAACAUUGAAACCUGUAGUCCGACCUUUAAUUUAUGAGUACUCGUAUGACAAAAAUGUUUUGGAUUUGGAUAACGAGUUUUUAGUCGGUGACAGCAUUUUAGUUUGUCCUGUUCUACAACGUCAAGUGGAAGCAAUUGACGUGUACUUACCCGGAGGAGAAAAUGAAGUAUGGUACUAUGUUGAAAAUUCCACAAGCCAUAAGUAUACAGGCAAUGUUUACUUCACCAUGUCAGUUGAAAUGAACACUAUUCCAGUGUUUUACCGGGGAGGAUUCAUCAUCCCUAUAGUAGAACAACCUGUAACGUGUUCUGCCGACUUUCUCGACGGUUGUUCACUUACCUUAUAUAUUUUUUGCAACGUAAAAGCAAGUGCUAGUGGAACUUUGUAUAUAGACGACACCGUAUCGUUUCAUUAUUUAGAAAAAAAGUACACGUACAUCAGAUUUGACCUAAAGACUUCACAAAUUUCCUCUACGCAUAUCCAUCGCAAUUUUGGUGAUAAAUCAUCAAUCAUUAUAAAGUCAAUAAAAUUAUAUGGCUACAAUAAAGACGUACACGGUGUUGCAUUGAAAAUAGAUGGUAUGUUUAAAGAUGAUCCUAAAAUUGUCAUUGUCAAAGAAAUCGACUGCAUACAAAUUGAAAAUUUGGACAUUAACAUAGGACAAGAUUUUAUUUUAACUUUAUUAAAAUAAAUCUUGCGUAGCCUUAAGUAGUAAGUGUUAAAACUUGUUAA